CCUAUUGAGGUGGGUUGUCGGUGGUGUUCAUGCUUUUUGCUUCUAAAUAUUUCUAUAAUACUAUUAUGCUUGUCUCUUGCACUUUUUUCUACCUUAGUUUCUGAUUCUGCUUUACUUUUUCUGGAGAAUUUAAUCGGAUCUUUGGAUUACCAGAGCUUGCAUUUCUUCCUUUCUCAGGUUUCAUGUCAUUUGUGGUAGUCGAUGAUCGAUGAACAGUGAAUAACAUACAGUCCUGCUAUACUCAGUGACGUCAUGGACCAAAAGACAUGGCUUUGGAGGAAAAAGCCCACGGAGAAGACAAUCGUUGUAAGUGAUAAAGCCAACCUCUUGUUGAAAGAAAAUGGAGAAGAGAAGAAACUUGCAACGGACAAAUCAGUAGAAUUGGAGAAAUCAAUGAAAAAUCUGAAUGAGAAGCUAUCCUCGGCCCUCUCUGAGUGUGAUGCAAAAGAUGAUCUUGUGACCGAACAUGCUAAGGUGGCUGAAGAAGCAAUUGCAGGUUGGGAGAAAGCAGAAGCAGAGGCAUUGUCUCUCAGGCAGGAAUUAGAUGAAGCUUUACAGCAAAGAGUGGCUGCAGAAGAAAGGAUAUCUCACUUGGAUGCGGCUUUAAAGGAAUGCAUGCAGCAGUUACGUUUUGUGAGGGAAGAUCAGGAGCAGAGAAUACAUGAUGCGGUUUUGAAGGCAUCAAAAGAAUUUGAUAGAGCACGAAUUGUUUUUGAAGAGAAGCUAGCAGAAGGAAGCAAGACGCUUAGCAAGUUGGGCAUCGAGAACACUCAUCUGACCAAGGCCCUUCAGGUGAAGGACAAUUUGAUUGAUGACUUAAGUCAAUACCAGUCCCAGGCAGAAGCUGAUUUUAAAGCAUUGACGGCUAGAUUAGACUCUUUGGAGAAGGAAAAUGCUUCUUUGAAAUAUGAAGUUUGCAUGCUUGAGAAGGAGCUUGAGAUUCGGAAUGAGGAGAGAGAUUUCAACCGUCAAUCAGCUGAUGCAUUACACAAGCAACACUUGGAAAGUGUGAAGAAGAUUGCAAAGUUAGAAGCAGAAUGUCAGAGAUUACGUCUACUGGUUCGAAAACGGUUGCCAGGUCCAGCUGCUUUGGCAAAAAUGAAGAGUGAAGUUGAAAUGCUGGGAAAAUUUCCUGCUGCUGAUAUGAGGAGAAAGAAGUCGAAUCCUCCAAUGGCAGGUUUGAUGGUGAAGGACUUUGAUGCAGAUAACUCUCCAGAAAGUCCCAGUAGGAGGAUCAAUUUUUUAACUGAGCAAUUAUUUGCUAUGGAGGAAGAAAAUAAAAUUCUCAAGGAAGCCCUAUCCAAGAAAAACAAUGAACUGCAAUCUUCAAGGACAAUGUGUGCCCACAUAGCUUCCAAAUUGUCACAGUUUCAGACUCAGCUUGGAGUACUAACAAAAGAUCAAACAAAUAUGGAACUGAUAAGGAGUUUUCCCUCGUCACACGAACUUUCCCUUGAUUCAAUAUCUGGCGUCGGAAAUGAAGAUGAUGCCAGCUCUAUAUCGUGGGCUUCUGCUUUAAUAUCAGAACUGGAGCAUUUCCGAAAUGGGAAACCGAGGGGGCAAUCAGGCAGUACUGUUGGAAUUCCAGACAUAAGUCUAAUGGAUGACUUUGUUGAGAUGGAAAAAUUAGCCAUAGUGUCUGUUGACAAACCUUUUGGAAGUUCCUAUUAUUCAGAUGAAAGCAAUUCAUUUAUGGUCUCCAAAGCUGAGUCAGGUGUCAAUCCCACAAAUGCAACUGGAAGGGAAAUAGUUCCUGUCACAGAUCGUCACUCUGGCUCUGUUCACAAAAAUCAAGAAAUACAAUCAAAAGAUGGAUCAAUUGGGAAAUAUCCUAGUUGGAUUCAAGAUAUUUUGAGGAUAAUUUUGGAGCAAAAUCGUGUAACACAAAAAAAUCCUGAAGAAAUUCUUGAGGAGAUUAGAACCGCAUUGGUAUAUAUGAACCCUGGUAAAUUUUCCAAUUACAAGGAAGUCUCGAGGCAUUCUGAAGCAUCAGAACACACACAUAUUAGCGGCUAUAUCUCAUGGAGACCUCCAAAUACAUCUCCAUUUGCAGAUUCAUUUGAUGGAGCAUCGGAAAUUAACAUCUCAUCCAAGGAAAUGGGCAACCAGCAGCGCCAGUCAGAUCUCAACAAAUCAAUCUGUAAAAUAAUUGAGCUUAUUGAAGGUAUUAACCAACCAUCUGUAACGGAGUAUAAUACGCCAGAAAUCCUGUCAGAAGAAAAUGGGACUUCUUUACCAUAUAAAAAUCCAGCAAAACCUUCAGGAUACACAGUUCAUGUUUUCCGAUGGAAAAGUUCUGAACUCAGUGCAGUUCUACUGCAAUUUGUCCAAACAUGUAAUGAUCUGUUGAGUGGGAAAGCUGACCUUGAAAAUUUUGCUAGAGAAUUAACUUCAGCUUUGGACUGGAUUGUAAACCACUGUUUUCCCAUUCAAGAUGUUUCGAGCAUGAGGGAUGUGAUCAAGAAGAAUUUUGAUUGGGAUGAUUCACGAAGUGAAAGUGAAAUUGAAAUAGGGAUGAACAUUCCACUUCCAGAAAGAGAGAAAGUACAUGUAUCCAGAGAACAGUUAUGUUUUUCCUUAACUGCAGCUCCAGGUGAACACAGUAAUUUAUCCCAUACGAAGGAAUUUCUGUCUAUUCUUAAGGAAGAAAAUAGGAGAUUAAAGGAUGAAUUGACAAUCAUGCAAUCUUCAAAGAAAGAUUUGGAAGGCAGGCUCCAGUCAGCAACUCAUAAGAGCGAAAGCUUGAUGAUUCAACUUCAGGAAUCAGAACAAAACAUAGCGAAUUUACAGACAGAACUUGAAAAAUUAAAAGAAUCAAAGGGGAUUAUUGAAGAUCAAAUUGAAAACCACAUAUUGCUCAAUGAAGAUCUUGAUACCCACCUUACGGCCACCAUGGUUGAAUUAAAUGAGGCUCGCCAAAAGUUCUCAUCACUUGAAGCAGAACUGGAGGAAAGAAGCAACUGCUGUGAAGAACUAGAGGCGGCAUGUCUUGAACUACAGCUCCAGCUAGAGAGUUUGACCAAGAAUGAAAUUCCAAAGUACAAUCCGAAUCAAGAAGAAAAACAACUCCGAACUGACUGGGAGAUCACAGCAGCAUCAAAAAAGUUGGCAGAGUGCCAGGAAACCAUCCUAAACCUGGGGAAACAGUUAAAGGCAUUGGCUUCUCCAAGGGAAGAUUCUUUUGUUGAUAAAAUUAUCCCCAAAACCCCUGCCACCACCGCAAAUAACAAAACCAAGAACAUAAAGCAUCGAUCCUCCCUACUUGAUCAGAUGCUAGCAGAGGAUGGUGCUGAGGGUGAGGAUCUCAACUCUCCAAAGACAAAAGAAAUUAUAUGCAGUGUUGAACCUCAAAAGCUUCUCACCCUUCCAGCUAAUGGUUCCAACUCCCUCUGUGGUCCUCUUGUUCCGGUAGAGACAGUAGAGGCUCUCAGUUCAAAUCAGAAAAAGGACAAAACUAAGAUCACUACAGCUGAUUCUCUUGCUAUUGUUCCUGUUAAGAAACGUGGUGGAGGUGCAGGUUUGCUGAAGAAGCUACUAUCAAGGAAGAGAGGGAAAAGCAAGAAGGCUUCUCUCCUCACUGUUGCAUAAUACUUGGAAUGAAGUGGUAACAAUAAGGGCAGUGUUCUUGAUUUGGUUUUGACUACUGUUUUAUAUUGCACCAUAGAAUGGGAAAUAAUGGAGGCUAGUCUUUGUUCGUUUAUAAAGCACUGGAUGUAGAGAGGAUUAGAAAGAGAUGUUGGUUUGGUCUUGUGACACUUUUAUGUAUUGUUGCCCUGCUUGUGUAUAUUUUUUUGGGCUGAAAAAAUAACUUACUAUGGUC